AUGGCCCAGCAACCAAUAGAGCAUAUUGUGUUAUACUCCUUUCGGGAGCAUGAGGCACUGAGUACCGCAGUUCAGUACAUCAAAAAUCUCGCUACUACGGCUAAGCGAAAUGGAGAGCCGUACAUCAAGUCAAUCAAAUGCGGCACAACACGUCCAGCUGAGAAUGUCCGGAGCCUUGGAUUCAAUCUUGCAUCGAUCCUUGUCUUCGAGAAUGACGAAGAUAGGCGGUAUUUCGUGAAGGAUGACCCAGCCCAUCGGGAGUUGGUGGCAUUCAUCAAAGGCAAACUGGGCAAGGAGAUUCUAGUCUUAGACUUCGCUGAUGGCGUGGGAGAUUGUACAACACGUGCAGCGGAUUGUUAG